AUGCACUAACCAAUUAUGCUACCGCGGCUCUGACGGCCGCGUCGAAAUUCUUCUAGCCAUUCCUAAGCUGCAAGGCAGCACCAUCUCUUCGCAUUGUAGGUAAAAUUUAAACAUCAAGCAGUCACAUGCUUAUAAAAUAAAAAUUAUAAUUACGAACCUUUUUACAAAAAUAAGAACAGUUGACGACCUCUGUGGUCGAGUGGUUUGUACGCCGGGUUUCAUGAUGUCACCGACUCGAAAGGUGCCGGGUUCGAAUCCCGGUGGGAGCAGAUGUUUGUGUGAUGAAUACAAGCUUUUGUACUCCAGUCAUGGAUGUUUAAUAUGUAUUUCUAUAUAAAUAUACUUAUAUAAGUAAAGUAUAUGUAUUCUAUCCGUUACUCUAGUAUCCCAUAACACAAGCCUUACAGUGCUUACUUUGGGGCUAGGCAAAUUGGUGUGAGUGUUGGAAAUAUUUAUAUUAUUUAUUUUUACAAAAAUAAGAACAGAACCACUAAAAAUUAAGAAAUAGAUAAUUUCUUUAUUGUACACACCACAUUAUAAAUACAAAAUUAGGACAAAUAUUUAAAAAGGCGGACAAUGGCGGUCUUAUGGCUAUGUAGCCAUUUCUUCCAGACAACCAUAGGAUGGAGAGACGAAAUUCAAUUAAAGAGGGGGUGUGCAACUACAAAAUUAAAAUAGAAAAAAAAGGAAAACCAAAUAUAACCAUGAUAAAAAAUUGCUGUUCAUAUUAUAAAAUAGAAACUGAUAAAAAAAACAAAUAAACAAACAAAAACUGUAUGUUUUCGGUACAUUAAAUUAAAUACACAUUUUUGUAUCUGCAUGGGUUGGCAAGGCACCUGCACCAAAUAUUAAUUUUAUUUUAAAGGUAUUUUUAGACUUAAGUAAAGAAAAUGUAUUAUUUCUUAAUUUUUAGUGGUUUGUUUUUAUGAAGUCGUUUUUUAUUUUUGUUAUGAUAUACGCAUACGCAUAUAAAAUAAUAAAGAUGCCACAAGUGCUUUAAUAUAAUUACACAAUUUCGAAUCGACUCAAAUCUAUAUAUUGUAUACUUCCACAUCCCUAGUCGUAAAGAAGUAAAAGGUAAAGAUUUUGAAUAUAUACGGCCUUGUUUAUAUGUUUUUGGUUUUUCAGUAAGAGAAUUCAUUAAACUAUUUGUCUAUUCCUUAAUCGUAUGAUUAAAUUAAAUAAUUGAUAUUAUAAAAAUCAGGGAAAAGGAAUUUAUUAAACAAAUUAUGUUUUUCAUGUAGGUACUACUUAAAGUUUUUUGGGGUACAAAAUAAAAUUAAAUAGUGUAUAUGGCAUGUUUGAAGAACAAAAAUCAUAUUUUUUUACGGUAAAUGAUCUUAGGCUUAGGAUUUGGCCAGCCCCCGCACAACUUCGAGACCUUGAACCAAUAUUUAUCAGUAACCACAGCAACAGCAUUUUCCUUCAAUUUUGAAGUAUGAUUUCACAAAAAAGUAAACACACUCAUGUCUGUUACCUUAUUUCACAAAAUUAGAUUAAUAUAUAUCAUUUGCUACCUAAUAUGGAAGCAAUAAAAGAAGAAGCCAUACAUCACACUGCACUAAAAUUAGCAGAAGAAAUAAAAAACUUAUCAAUUUAUAAAUCAUUUUAUAGUGACGUGCAGAAAUUAGUAUCAUCGCCAAACGUAAAAAAGGAGGAUUUUAAAUUAAGUUUGCAGCAAGCUAUGAAAGAAAAAGGUUUAGAUACAAAACUUAGAAACACUGUAUUCCACUGGGUACGAACACAAAAUAAACAAAAUAAAUUAGAUCCUUUAACAUCUUUGAUGAAGGCAAGCGCACAGUGGGAGAAAAGAAUACACAAAUCAUUAAAUUCUAUGUGUUCGGAUCUAGAAACAUCCUUAGCAAAAAUACGCUUGCAAAGCGAACAAGAAGAAUUAACAGAAAAAUGGAAUGAGCUCAGUACAUAUAAUUUAGAUUUAUCCAAAUACAGGCCAGUUUACGCACCAAAAGAUUUUUUAGAAGUGUUGUUGACCUUGUCCGGUUAUGUUCCAUACACAAGAGAAGAUGAACCUAAAUGGGAAUUCGCCCAUUUACCACUGCAAGUCAAAACUUUGGAUCAGUUGCGUACAGUGUUCGUAGAGUGGUCAAACGGCGAGCCGUUGCUCGGAGUAAACCCAAACAUGCCGAGUUGUGUGCCCGGCUUCAUGACGCUGGAGGCUGAGCGCAUCGGGCUCGGCGAGCGCGUGGCGGCGCUGGGCUACGCACCCGUCAUACAGGAGUACUUGAAGAAGGGCAGCCCGCAGUGCCUGCGCGCCAAGCUCUGGUCACAGGUGCUAGGAGCUGAGGUCACCGCUCAGCAACUCAGCUACUUCAGCCAAUUGAAGAAGAGUGUUCUGGACGUUGAUCUCAUGAUCGAUAAGUUAAUAUUCAAAGACGUUCAACUGACUGCUUCUAACGAUGACCAGUAUUUUGUUUUCGAGGAUCUCUUAUACCAGGUAAUGUUGUGUUUUUCCCGGGAUUGCGAAGUGAUGCAGCAACUUAAGGGCAGCAUAGGGAACCCCCUUACGGUCACUAUAAAGGGCAAGCAAACGUCCGCGGACAGUGUCACCGUGUUCCCGCCGAGUGGCGUUAUACCUUUCCAUGGAUUCACCAUGUAUGCGACGCCUUUUUGUUACCUGUACGAUGAUCCUGCGCAACUAUAUUAUACAUUUCGAGCGUUUUAUAUCCGAUACUGGCACAGACUUCAUUACAUUUCAACACAUCCACAGGGUAUAGUUUCAUUAUGUCUUUUAUACGAGAGAUUAUUAGAAGCAAACGAGCCGCUUUUAUGGAUACACUUCAGAAACAUAAAUAUAAACCCCAUCAGAGUGGUAUUCAAAUGGUUAAUGCGAGCGUUCAGCGGACAUUUACCGCCGGACCAACUAUUGCUUCUAUGGGACGCCAUCUUGGGCUACGACUGCCUCGAGAUACUGCCCCUACUGGCACUCGCCAUACUGAGCUUCAGGAAGGAGAACAUAUUCCAAGUGAAUACUAUUCAGAACGUGGACGCGGUACUGGCAGACCUGUCCACUGUUUCAGUGAUACCUCUCUUACAGCUCGCUUUGAUGAAACCGUAGAUUGUAAGGAGAUUCGGAGAUUGAGUACUAACCGCGAAUAUCUAAGUAAUGACACUGUACUGGUAGAGUACGACUUUUGGACGUCUAUAUCGCGAAAGUGUAGCCCAUGGAGGUUAGAGAGAAGGAGAACGAUGGCUGUAGAAAAUAGUGUCCCAGAAAUAUGGACAAAAUAGUGAGGCGCUGCGAUCGCUAAGUCGUCUCAAUAAAAGCGGGCUGUUGUGCGCUAAUUUUAAAUGACCAAUGCCGCGAAGAAAAUUUGUACAUUAUUCAACUAACUUCAUCUACUUGUAGGUACUCAUAAACAGCUAACUUCACAGAUACUAUUUACCGUUGGCAGCGCGGCUGGUGGCUGAAAAAUGAACUAUAAAUUCUACAAAUUUUCAGGGACAGGUGGGCUAAUGCUUUAGCAUGUAGCGAUCGUUCGCCUUCUCUCUUACCUCCAUGUCGUAGCCUGACACCAGUCUUAUGAAUACAUGACAUCGCGCCAGUGUCCAUAAAUAUAAAAUAUUGUAAAAACAUGACACAAACAACAUCCAACAAAAUUUAAGUACCUAUAUCGGCAUUUAUCGGUGUUUGCGAUGGGCGGCGACUUCGCAUACAGGGCACAGGUUUAUUACCUAAGUGGCGUCCAAAAGGAAAUAACUAGGUAAAUAACUUUUUUUUGUGUACCUAAAUGGCAUUUGUUACGGACAUGAGUAUUUUUUUACAUUUUGAAAAACAUUUCCACUACCAACAAUGUAAAUUAAAAAUUAAAGUUAUCUUUGUGAUAACAAAGAUGCAUUUUAAAUUAUCCAGAUCCAUACGAGCCAAAAUGUUUGUUAUCCAGAAUAUAUUCAGUACAAAAUAAUUGUCUAUCCAUUGUCUAUCAUCUACAUAUUUUCAUAGUUCCAUUAACUACUAGAAAAGUAUAAAAACUGAUAGCAUUUUUUUCUUUUAUCCAACACGAUUCUAUCUUUUUCUUUUCACUGAACGACUUAAAAUAAUAUUGUGAAAUAUUACGAGAUGUAAAAAAAUCUUUGUAAAACUAAACAACGCAAAUAAAUAGUUAUGGUGUCGAUUCUGACAUGAUUCUCUAAAUAUUUGUUUCUUAGGUUAGGUUCUGAAAAGGCUGCGAAACGUCAAUAAAUAAAUAAAGUUUCGUGCAUUAACCCGUAAAAACUAGUUUUAUUUAAUGAUUCUCUAAACUUUAAACCAAAGAUAUCAUCAACCUCCCCUUUUCAUUAUUUACAGAGAAUGACAAGGAUUCACUGUUGUCAACUUUAAGUUUAGGUUUAGAGAAUCAUGCCAGAAUCGACACCAAUGAAAGAAUACUAAAUGAUUUGCAAGUUCUAUACGAUAAGUGGAGCCGAAGAAUGCAAAUGUAUUUACUAAGUUUACGUACGAAUCGUGUGCGCAAGCCAUACCUAACUGAACGUUAUUGUUAUACAUACAUAUUGUUUUUGUAUAGAGUUUUUAUAGCAUUUUCUUUGUAGAGAUGUAUUUUUUGUAUUAAACAGGAAAAAAUAAAGUACAA